AUGGCUUACCUGUCCUCUACGGCACUCCCCGAACCCUUUGUCAUUUUGACACCCAGACUUGUCGUCAUUCCCACGCCAAUUGCAGUCCAUAUAACCUCCUAUCGCGCUCUGUAUGCAGAAUUACAUGCCGACGCUGGCUUCUGUAGAAUGGGUUUCGGCGAGCGUUUCGCCGUCAGGAACUGGAAUGACGAUGAAACGCGUGACAUGAUUGAGACACGCGAUAUUCAGCGCUCAUGGGAGAAACGCGGCUUAGGAGAUUUUGCUGUAGGGCUUCGUCUACAGCCGAAGUCCGGAGGCUCCGGUGCGGAUUUCCAGCAAGACCCUUUUCCUAGUGUGUCAAUGCUUCGGGCAGAUGAGCUCAAACAGUUCAUGGGACCAGAUCUGACACGCCUGGAGGAGAUCCAGUGGGUAGGAUACUCGGGGAUCCGCGAUGCAACCAUAACAUCACUUCCACCACGUGAAGAAGGAGAUGCGCCUUAUCCGGACUGGCUGGAGAUGGUGGAAAUUCGGUAUGGAGUAUCGCCGGCGUUUUGGGGAAAGGGCAUCGCUCAAGAAGCGUCGGAUGCAAUUAUGCAGUGGGCGAUACGCGAGAAGGGAGUGAAGAGAUUCAUUGCUGAAACGGAGCGAGACAAUCAGCGCAGUGGGCGGCUUCUGCAAAAGCUCGGAUUUGUUCACAGCGGAACGAACUAUUGGAAGGAGCCGCUAGAAUUGGAGUGGGAGAUGAUUGCCGCAAAAGAAUAA